AUGCCGUCCAGCGGAUCGUUCUACGGGCACCCGUCGAUCGCGUCGCUGCAACAGCCGUCGCCGUCGUCGGCCGACUUUUACGCCGCGUCCAUGAUGGCUGACAAGCACAAGGCCCUCCACCAGCACCACCACCUGUCGUCGCUCCAGCAGCAGCAACAGCAACAGCCGUCGCCGGGCAUGUACGUGCCCAAACACAAAUCACAGCAACAGCAGCAGCAACAGUUGUCGUCGGCCAACGCCGCUGCGGCAGCGGCGGCCGUUUCGCUGAUCCACCAGCAACAGCAGAUGGCUAUGGCACUGGACAAGAACAAGGUGUUACAGGCGGCCAUGCAUCAGCGAGGCUAUGCUCACCCGUUCCUGCUCAACCCCGGCGGCCAGUACGGCAGUCAGCCUCUGUUCGGUGGCCCGGCUGCGGGUACCGGCCCUGGCGCGUUCGGCUCAGUGGCCGCUCGACCGCGUGCCUCGGCCGUGGGUGCUAGUGGGGUUGGCAUGGCCCGGGCGUCCCGACCAAAGAAACAGUUCAUAUGCCGGUUCUGCAACCGACAGUUCACCAAGAGCUACAACCUGUUGAUACACGAGCGGACGCACACGGACGAGAGGCCGUACUCGUGUGAUAUUUGCAAAAAAGCGUUCCGGAGACAAGACCAUUUGCGAGAUCACAAGUACAUCCAUUCCAAGGAGAAACCGUUCAAAUGCACGGAAUGUGGCAAGGGGUUCUGUCAGUCGCGCACGCUGGCCGUGCACAAGAUACUGCACCUGGAAGAGUCACCGCACAAGUGUCCUGUGUGCAAGCGCAGCUUCAACCAGCGCAGCAAUCUCAAGACGCAUCUACUCACGCACACCGACCACAAGCCGUACGAGUGUUAUUCGUGCAACAAGGUGUUUCGACGGAAUUGCGACCUCCGCCGGCACACGCUCACGCACGCGGUCGGCGACGCGCCCGCCACCGGUGCGUUGGGUGCCGGAGGUGCCGCGUCCUCGUCGUCCGCGUCACCGGCUGGUGCGGGCGCGAUUGCACCCCGAUCGGCUGCAGAUGACGAAGACUUUUGCGACGAUGAUGACGACGAGGAUGAGGACGAGUUGUGCUCGAUGCUGCAAACUCCGUCCGGUCGGAGCCGCCGCCGUGGUCGAGGCGGUGAAGACGACGAAGACUGUGGCGAUGAUGUGGACGACGACGAAGACGUGGACGUGGACGAAGAGGACGCGGCUGCAGCCGCGUCAGAACCGUCGGCGCCAGUCGCUGCCGUCGCCGCUUCCACCUCCGCCUGUUCGUCAAGCGUCGCCGAAGCCGCCACCGUCGCAAAACAGGAACCGGCGUCGUCGUCUUCGUCGUCCGUGGACACGGGUUCUGCGACCGUGGCCGCCGCUGAAGAGGAGAUAGAAGAGGAGGAAGACGUCGGUAAGAUUUCGUUGUUCCGGCGGGCGGCCGUACCCAGAGCCGGUGUGCACGAAACAAAGUGUCACGACGAGUCGUCUGCGUACACUAUGCGUCCGUCGUCCAGUUAUCACCAUCACCACAAUCGUUACCAACAUCAACAUCAACCGCACAAUCACCACCAACCGCAACCACUGCAUCUAUUCCUACAGUCGCCGCUCCUCCACCACCAGCAAGUCCAGCAACAGCAACAGCAGCACCACCACCACCACCAAGCUAUGUUGAACGUCAGGAGAGACUUGCACGACCGGUCGACGGGGAUGGUGAUGCCGGUACCGUCACCUCGAGCGCUGCCUUCGCCGCAGCCGUCCGCGUACCAGUCGCUUCAACUGUUUCAACCAGCUCCUGCGGUCGCCGCGCCGCCGCCAACGCCGCAGCAACCGCCGCCUAAUCAGAACAACGGUCAGCCUGCCGCGCCCAAGCGCAAAGGGUUCAGCAUCGACGAACUGAUGAGUUAA